AUGGCCACUGACAACUACACGAGGGUCACAGAGUUCCUUUUCACGGGCUUGAAUUACAGCCCCCAGUUACAGGUCUUCCUCUUCCUGCUCUUUCUGAGUUUCUACGUUAUCAACCUCACCGGGAACCUGGGUAUGAUUAUCCUGAUUCGGAUUGAGUCUCGUCUCCACACGCCCAUGUACUUCUUCCUCAGCCACCUCUCCUUUGUGGACAUGUGCUUCUCCUCGGUAGUGAGCCCCAAGAUGCUCAGCGACUUCUUUGUGAGGAGAAAAGCCAUCUCUUUCUUGGGCUGUGCUUUGCAACAAUGGUUCUUCGGAUUCUUUGUGGCAGCCGAGUGCUUUCUCCUGGCAUCCAUGGCCUAUGACCGCUAUGUUGCCAUCUGCAACCCGUUGUUGUACUCAGUGGCCAUGUCUCAGAGACUCUGUGUCCAGCUAGUGGUAGGUCCCUAUGUCAUUGGAUUCAUGAACACCAUGACUCACACAACGAAUGCGUUUCGCCUCCCUUUUUGUGGUCCCAAUGUGAUUAACCAUUUCUUCUGUGACAUGGCCCCCUUACUUUCCCUUGUAUGUGCUGAUUCCAGGCUCACAAAGCUGGUAGUUUUUGUUGUGGCGGGAGCUGUGGGCGUCUUCAGUGGUUUGACCAUUUUGGUUUCUUACAUUUACAUCCUCGUUGCCAUCUUGAGAAUCCGCUCUGCAGCUGGGAGACGCAAAGCCUUCUCCACCUGCUCUUCUCACCUGACAGCUGUCUCCAUACUGUACGGUACUCUUUUCUUUAUUUAUGUACGACCUAGUGCUAGUUUCUCCCUGGAUCUCAAUAAAGUGGUGUCUGUGUUUUAUACAGCGGUGAUCCCCAUGUUGAACCCACUUAUCUACAGCUUGAGGAACAAGGAGGUUAAAGAUGCCAUCCACAGAGCUGUUGCUAAGAGGAAGUUUUGUAGGACUUAA